GCAGCAGAUGGUCUCCCUCUCAGAGUCAGGCGUCAGCUGUUCACAUGAGCACAGGUCGGACGCUGAGUCUCACCCACACAGCCACACAGACUCCUGACAAACUCCUAAAUGCUCGCUCCCUGGUUUACUACUGAAGAUACUUUUGUUUCUCUGUUAAAGCUCACAUUUCCUCUGUGAAGAUAUGUCUCGUUCCAGUAAACAGAGUACCUAACCACAUGCUCAGAACAAUAGGCCUGUAUAAUGAAGGCACCCAGCCACCAGGUCAUUUCCUCAUCUGUAUCCUGUUCUUGAACAAAAGAACCAGGAAAGAGACACGUUAAACUCAGAGGGGAUCCCCAGUUUCCUUCUCUGGUUCCUGAAUCGGAAUUUGCACAUGGGAAAGAGUCAUAUCCUCUCAUAUACACACUUCAAUAACAACAUCUAAAAGUGUGCACAACAGGAAAUAGUUUUGUACAAGUUCUUCGUUCAGGAGCUUCCUCUUUCCCUGGACGCCACAUACAGGACGUUGUGGUUUUGCCCCUUCAUUGAACAAAGUGGAUUUGCAUCCAUACCAACUGCCCAGCAAUAGAAGUAAUAAUCCUCCAAGAUGGCAGUCACUUCAAUCUAUGGUAUAGAAGAGCCAGAAGCUGGCUUAGCUGAGGUGGACAUAUGUAUGCUUGAGAUUAAUAUCAAGUAUGAAGUCAUCCCAUCUAUUGUCUGCUGUGUUUGCCUUUCAUUUGGCCUCAUCUACUGCUUUUUCGGAUACCGCUGCUUCAAGAUGGUCAUGUUCUUCUCUGGCUUCAUGUUUAGCUCUGCAGCUGUACUUCUCUUGUACCAUAAGGAGCCUGUUUUCGAGGCCCAACUGGGAACAGAGACAAAGGCAGGGAUCGGCCUGGGUGUGGGUGUGCUCUGUGGGCUGAUGACCAUGCUAGUGUCAACCAUGGGGCUCCUCCUCAGUGGCCUGCAGCUGGGGAGCCUGCUAUCCCUCGCCAUCCUAGUGGUUGUCGGACAGUUUCACAGCCUUACUCCAGUGUGGGUGCCGCUCAGUGCCGCACUUGCUGCCAGCAUUGUCACUGUUGUUUUCACACUCCAGUGGCAGAAACAGUUCACCAUAAUCUACACAUCUGUGUUUGGAGCAGCCACUGUGAUGCUGUGUGUGGAUUACCUGGUGGGGACAUUUAUGCUGCCAGAUCAGGUGUAUGAUAUGCUUUGUCAAGUUGCCCCACGUCCACUCUGCUGGUUUAACUGGGCGAUCACUGGGAUAUGGCCUGUUUUGAGUCUGAUAGCUGUGUUGGUACAAUGGAGGUUUACUGCCAAAGGAGUAUCACACACAGAAGCUGCACACCAAAAACAGAAGAAACAUGCCAAGAAGCACAAAUAUAGAGAAUCCAGGAGACGAACUCCACCACACCGUAGGCGCAGGCCUCCAUUGCUGAAACGCUAUGCUGGGGACGUCCUUGCACCGAGUUAUCUCCAGAGCCUUCAGGAGCGCCAGAUGGGAACAGGCUCCUCCACCAGCACCGUCAGCACCAUCACACAUACUCUAAUUGACUUUGACUAUGAGACGGGUUCCAUGGUGCCUCUGACUGCUGCCUCCCCCGUCUUUACAGUCUGAAAGAACACACAGCAUCAAAUAUCUGUUAUACUGAUAAUUAAACAUUCCUUAGAAAUGUUCACUUCCACGGAACCACUUCAACCAUUUCGACUGCCGCUGUGAAUCUACUGCAACCAGCUUUGUCAGAUAAUCAUCAACAUGCACACAGUGUGAUUUGACAUGCUUGGAGAACGUCCCAUUAAUGAUGACAACAACAAAACAACACAACAUACACACUGAUCAGACUCAUGAUCAACACAUCCUUUGAAAAGUUUAUCACUUCACCUUUUGCUUCACACAAUCACAAUAUUUUAUUGUCUAAAUACAAUGUACCAUAUUUAUAGAUUUCAAUAUAAAGUAUUACCGUUAUUAAUAACACAUUCAUAAUAUCCCAUGCAAACUAAAGAUAUACAUCAGAAAAAUGAGAAAUGUUGGACAACAAGCUAAUAAACCCCUGAUUUAACAGGAAUAGAAAUCAAAUAGAAUGUAUAGAAGAGAAGGUCUAAUUUCCACAAAUAAGUGAAAACACACACAUUGCAAUAGGCCUUUUUCACUGAAGAUCUUUUGACACAUCGCAGCAGGAAAUGAACAGGUGUAAAUAAUACAGUUAAUGAUGGCUGAAUUCCAUUUAGCUGCUUCAGUUUAAGAGUCCUGGUAUUGUGCGUGCCGUCUUACUGGGACACACAGAGUCAUCGUUAAUGUUGUUAGUAACACCUGUGCUUUUCCUACUAUGACCUACAAAGUCAAAAUGUCUGAUGUCUGCUGAGAACAAGGGCUGGUUGAUAGAAUACUGUCUAUGCAGUUUCAGGAAUAUUACACUAUCAGCGGGUAAAAACAUCCAGUCUUACUGAAUCACAAGUAUUCCAUUGCAUGUUGUAUGAUAAUAGCUUUUUAAAUAAUAAUAUUGUAUUGCCACAAAAAGAAACAUCACAUCAUGCAAAUAUUUAUUCUGUUGUUGAUUUCAUGAAUAAGCAUCCCUCACUGUUGCUAUACUGAAUUAUUGUGCAGGAUUUGGUUUAUGUUGAAUCCCUGGUGGCCCCUGGUGGAUCAGUCGUCACACUGCAUCCAGUGUGCAGCAGUGCUCAGAGGAUAGGCCUUCUCCACUGCUUGGUGGUUCUGGUUUACACGCCAGUACUGUGAGCCUUUAAACACAUAUAUGUGACCGUUUGUCCAUGUUAAUGCAGCAUCAGUAUUGCUGGGUAACCCGUGGAAGAGUUGUCCAAUAGGUUUGGGAUAUGAACUGAAAUCUGUCGGGCCAAUUUCAUCCCACUGCCAGUAUCCAGAGCCCUAAAAUAACGAGUAAAUAAUUUAAUGGAAAAUGAAAGAGGUAUUCAAGCAAAAAACAUGUGUCUCAAAAUAAAUACAAGCAAAUAUCUUUAUUUUGCACUUA